AGUGUUCUUAGAAAUUAAUAAAAAGCAAUCGAACAUAGUCUGUCAGUCUCCUUUGCGGCCAAGCAGCAGACCUUGCCUGACAUUCAAGCCUUCUGCCCAUUCGUAUAGGAAAAUUCCGAUUUGAAUCAUCAUGCCUGCCAACUUCAGUGGCAAGUGGGUCUCUGGCGCAUCCGAGGGCUGGGACAAGUUCUUGGGCAAGUUCGGCGUGCCAGUGGAAAAGUUCCCGGCCGACAUAGUGGUGACAGAAGAAAUUGCCCAGAGCGGGGACGCCAUCAACAUCAAGACCAGUAACAACAAGGACGACAAGGUCAAACAAGUCACCAUCAACGUGGGCCAAAACUUCAAGGACACAAUCGGGGGCGGCAAGGAGCUUGAGUUUACCACGGCCUGGCAGGGCGACAAGCUGGUGAUGACAGGAAUCGACGGCAAGGGCUCGGUGACCCGUGAAUUGAGCGGGGGUAACAUGCUUGUUACCUUUACCCACGAGGGAGUGGUCGCCAAAUCUACCUACAAUAAGGCGUAGGCAUUCAACUGCAGAUCCAAGUCCGGGCAAAAGAGGGCGAGUACACUCAUUUCUAGAAUAUCCGACCUCGUAAAAACAGUUGGACGAGGAGAUCCAGAGCAUUUUAGUGCAUCUCGUACAUGGCAGCCAACUGCAAACAGCGAGUUGAUACUUCUCAUUAAGCAAAUAUUGAACCAAAACAGACCAGAGCAGAAAUCUUUCGCCCGGCAAGCAAAGAUCUGGCGUUAGUCAAUUUAAAUCUUUAAUAUCAUAACUCGCUUGCUAUUUGUGCUUCUUUAAUUGAUCUGUUUUGAGUCCUUCUGAAGUUUUGAAAUUUUUUUCACUUUGCACUGUAAAAGGUUGUUUAGUUGAAUUAUAACAAUCCAUUAUCGUAAUUUAAUGAAGUUACACUGGACACCAUUACCUGUAAACGUAAUGUGAUAAUGUGCUAAUUACAAAACCUUUUGUCGCCGUAUGGAUAAACUGGUUGAUUUCUUGAACUCUACAAAAUGCAAAGACGGUGAUUUUGAAACUUACAGAGUUAGAAAUAGACCUUCAUAAUAUAAGGAUCUUUCAAGGUCUUUUUCAGCACGGUUUUGGGUCAUUUUGGUCAUGCAAACCGAAGUCGUAUUGCUAGGCUGAAACGUUUAGAACAAGAUCAGGUGGCUGUCUUCCAAGCGCGUUCAAUGAAAAUGUUUACAGUGGCUUCAUACGAGGGACGACCACUCUUCAAAAUAUUUGGCAGCCACGAUUAUGACAGUUUAUUAAGAACAUGCUGUCAUUUUGAACUGACCGUUGUCACCUUUUAGUAAGAGAGUCCUAAAGCAGAGUAAUACAAGUGCUGUAACAAGUCACGAUCUUUUACCUCAGAAAAAGAAAUGGAAACUAAACUUCCCUCAUAGUUGCUUCAUUUGCAUCAUCGGAAAUGGUGCAAAAUAAUACAUUACUAAAAUCCUAUGUAAUUAUGUCAGUUUGCUAACACCCUUGACGUGAGUUUGAAAAGAGCUAGAGAAGCCAGUGCAUCCGCCCCUGCCCUCCACUGUUUCUCCGUCACUGCAUGACUUUAGUAAUUUCCAAGCAAAUUUGUCCUGAAGCUUCGUAAAUUUAAAGUUAGCUGAAGUUUAUUCACUCUCUGUAAAACACUCUGAAAUUUGCUGGGUUUAAUAAAGCGUGCAAUAAGUGCUGCAAAAUA